AUGGCAGGCUUAUUUCGCAAGGUGUACGACUGGUUGAUGAGGACCUUCUGGGCCUUGGAGAUGGAAGUGACAAUGGUGGGGUUGCAGAAUGCCGGAAAGACAUCACUGCUGCGUGUCCUCGCUGGAGGAGAGUUCACUCUCGACUCGAUCCCAACUGUUGGCUUCAACAUGAAGCGCGUGCAACGCGGGCAUGUUACACUGAAAUGCUGGGACAUUGGCGGCCAGCCGCGGUUCAGGAACAUGUGGGAGCGGUACUGUCGCGGGGUGAACGCCAUCGUCUUCAUCGUAGACAUUGCGGAGCCCGAACUGAUCCCGCAAGCCAAGGAGGAGCUCCACGCGCUGAUGAGCAACCAGACCCUGCUAGAGAUCCCGCUGCUGGUGCUGGGGAACAAGUCGGAUCUCCCGCAGAGGAUGUCGGUUGACGAGCUGAUAGACGAGCUGGAUCUCAAGAGCAUCCGGGAUCGCGAGGUGUGCUGCUACGGCAUCAGUGCCAAGGAGGAGACGAACCUCGAUGCCGUUGUGCAAUUCCUGAUGAAGUAUGCCAACCGGUGA